AUGGCAACUCAAGUCAAUACAAUCAGUUGGAGUAAGCAACACCGACCUGUACUGCACAAGAUUUUAGACAUCCCCAACUUUUUAAACGUCAACAAUGAUUACGCUACCGUUAUAACGAGUAACAGCCAUAUUUACUCACAGAAGCUCAAGCAAAGCCUGAUGGAGUCCAAGAAAGCAUUCCUGAAUCUGUCUUUGGAGGAGAGCAAAACCGAAGAUACAGCCAUGGAGGAAAAGAGUUUACCGGGGUGGAACAGUGAACAAAAGAAAGUGCCAUCGAAGAAAAUCAGCUUCAAAAUCAAGAAAACCUCCUCGAUAUAUAACAAGAGAACGCAGCAGAAAUUCAGCGCCAACACUGUGGCAGAGCUAACGAAAAAGUUCAACCAGAUGAUGAACGAAAACAAAACUAUUCUCGAAGAACCCAAGUUCCGUAAGUUCGUCAAACGCGUCAACAGCCUCGACAAAAAAGUAACCAGGAAAGCUAGUGUUAAAGUGGCGCGAAAGCCUAGCCUACGAACUAAACCCAACCUGGAAGUUGAAAAAGUGAAAAAACCUAUCAAUUUAGUGCGCAAAAACAGUGAAAAUAAAGCUUGUGUUAGAGCGAAAAUAGGUUACCUGGAAAGCCCGCACGUAGUCCCCAAACGUGAGGAUAAGCCUGUAAGGCCGAACACUUUGGAUUUUGCCGAUAACAAGGUUUCCAGUUUUCAGGUAUCGCCUACCAGUGGUACCGUCAGAGCGGCCAUCGAGAUUUUCGAAAGAAAGACUUCUUUGACAAAAGUGCAACCUGAGGAAAUAUCGCCAACUCAGGUUAUCGUUUGUGAAAAGGAAAUAAUUAAGAAUGUUGAAGAUACAGUAGAGAGUGGGUAUUCAGUGCCUUCAUUGACUAAAGUGCAACCUAAGGAAGUAUUACCUACCCAGAUUAAGAUUCUUGAGAAUGAUAUAAUUAAUGUUCCUAAUAUUAAACAUUCAUCAGAAGUUUCUUUGGUAACUGUGGAUCAUAAACCUAUAAUGCCAGAAAAAAUUAUAGAACCUUCCGAAGAAGCAUCAAGUGCCAAGCCAACAAUUUUGAUCAAAAAUCAUUCCACAUUACAUUCCAAACUAAAUACUCAAAAAGAAUUACCCAAGUUGCUGCCAAAACCUAAACUGGAUAGAAAGUUUUUCAUCAAACCAAAGACUGUUGAAAAAACGAUUGAAAUAUCCGAAAAGGCUGAAGAUAUUAUUGACGAAGUACAAAUAAUAAGUAUACCAGCGGUGCUACCCAAAAGAAGAUGCGAAUCCUUAUACGAAACCCUACAAAUGAAGAAGUCAACUUUGGAGACGGUGAAAAGCGCAAAAUCGGAAGAAGUCAUCAGCAAAACUAAACCUGAGAACUUGAUACCCAACUCUUCUUUCCUCUGGAAAGACAAGAGUCCCACAAACCCAUACCAAACCUUAAUCAUAGACAGACAAGCUUCGAUGGACUCUGUAGGAUGGGAGUUGGUGUAUGAGGACUUCAAAACCUGCGAAGCAAAGGAAUUGAAAGUUCCAAGUGUUCCUCCUCGACCCCCGCCUUUGGUGAAGCCGGUUAUUUCGCCGAAGAUAUUGAAGAAGAAGAUGCCACUGCCCGACGAGAAGAUAUAUGAAGAGUUGAAUCCUUUAAAGGAGUCUGAUGAGAACUGCCAUAGUUAUGAGUAUUUUGAGCAUGGGGACUAUGAAGUCGUUGGUACAAAGAGUAGUGAUGCUGUUACUGAUGAUGGAUACGAAUAUUGCGCAUCACCAACUACAGAGAACAUAUACGAAGUUUUACCAACCCCACCCAAACAAUCGCGAAGUUCCCAGAUACAACAAGAACCUCUACCAUUACCUCCAUCAAGGCUUUCCUACAGCACAAUACAAACUGGCGAAGAAAUCUCAAACUGUUACGAAUCCAUCUACCACCCAGAAGCAGAAAGAAACCCUUCCACAAAAGAUGUAGAUACCGAGAGUAACUAUGAAAGUAUUUAUGGAUGUCAAAUAAAUGCACUUGAUGUGAAUUUAAGAAGGGAUUACCAUAUGAACAACAAAGAAUUUAUUUAUAACAUCUGCAAUAGCGGUUCUCAACAUGGUUCCUCAGGAUCAAAUAGAGAUUCCAUAGUAUCAGAACAACAAACAAACAGUUUAUAUGGAAGAUCUUUCACCAACUUUUGUUUGGACAGCGUUUACAACGGUAAAGCUAACAGUGAUUUGAGCUUCAGUGACAGAAGUGACGACUGGGUGGACGUCACAGAUAACGAGGAUGAAGAUAACAAAUCAUCAGGAAUCAUCAUUGUUAGGGGAAAACAUAAAACGAAAAAAUCUGUUUGGAGGGAGCAUUGCAGGGAGCAAUGGUCAAAAUCCCCCAGGAAAAUUUCUCCAGAUCCUGGUUUAGAUAGCGAAUCUGACCAUCACUACGAAACCCUUUACACCAAUCAAAAUGGAGAUCAAACAUAUUGUGACGAUUAUGAUUCAUUCGAUAGCGAUUCCGAAUAUGAAAAUUCAUAUAGUAAGGGCAACCUAAACGACAGUGGCUUAGACAUCGGUAAUAGUCAAUUGCCUGAGCCCCCCAAUGGGGGCCAAUACGUACUAACUAGAUUGGCGCAGUCGGCUGGUAAACACAUGAAAAAAUUGAGGAGGAAUUGGUCUCUAACCAAAAACGACAUAAGCAAAUCCAUCACAUGGAUGACCAAAAGAAAAUCAAGGACUGAUCUUAGUAAUAUGGAUAUAACGCUUAGAGAUGAAGACAAAUCGCCAAUGUCUUCAGCUAAUACCACUGUAACUAGUACAGCUGAUCUACGAUAUUCUUCUGUAAGUGAAAAUAACAAUAGUACCUAUCAACAUGUGGAAACGAAUGGAGAAAGUAACGAAAAAGGAAAAAAUGCUUCCAAAAAAGGUUUUCUGAAUAAAUUUCGACGCAGCAUGUCGAUGUCAGCCGAUUCUGCCACCGAAUUAACAUCGAACUUAAACAAGCCAAAAAGCACGUUUUAUCUUACCGAAACUAUAAACGUUGACGACAUCGAUACGGCUGAAGAAGCUAAUCCAGAUAGUGGGGUAUCACUAUCCCCCCUUCCGAACGCAAAGGGGCGGCCUUUGGUGCGCCCCCAAAGUCCACCACCGCCUGUACCGCCUGUGAGAUUGUCUGCAGAGAAAAAAACUGAGAAAAGAGACCGGAAGUCGUCGUGGUACGCGGAAGCGGGCCUGUUCCGCAACGAGAGCCACAAAAACUCCAAAAAACCCAACACUUUCUGGUACGCGGAAGUGGGACUGUACCAGCAAACGCAAAGUACACCCAGCACCUCGAGUGCGGAAAAUAGCGGGAGCAACACCAACAAAAAUCUCAACUACAAAACGGUGGAAAUAAUAAACACCGACUUGGUGGAGAAGUUUAAAGACGAGGAGUAUUAUAACAUGAGAAAUGAGGAUACUUUGAAGGAGGACAACGAUGAAAGUAAAAAGGAUGAAAGCGGGUUCUAUCAGUUUUUACAUUUGCAGUUGCAAGAUGAGCCUUUGUAUCAAUUUUACGAUGCUGCAGUUCUUGAGUCGGUUUGCAACGACGGUGUCUCGGACUUCGACUCGGACGGAUACGAAGAAGUGGGCCACAAAAAGAACCGCCCGUCGGCCAUGGAACUGGUAUCGCCGAAAAGGAACUCGUUCGCGUACGCGCGCACCCUCUGGUGCGAAGUGCCCGAAGUGAUUCAGUCCUCCGUUCUGAGCACGCUGAGUCUGCACCAGAAAAAGCUGCAAGAAGCCAAGUUCGAGAUGCUGACGUCAGAGGCGUCCUAUUUGAAUUCUCUCACUGUUUUGGAUGAUCAUUUCGUGUUCAACUUGAUGCAAAGUGAUUUGAUUGGCGAUGAAGAGAAGGCGAAGUUGUUUGGGAAGAUUGUUGAUGUAAGGGAUUGUUCAGAAAAAUUGCUGCAAGACCUGGAGACUUGCUGGCAAGAUAAUGUUUUACUACCAGGGAUAUGCGAAAUUAUACAGAAACAUGCAGAAGACAAUUUCGAUGUUUAUGUUUCCUAUUGUGGCAAUCAAAUUUUCAUUGAUGAGACGCUAAAAAAAUUAAAAGAUAAACCAGCUUUCCAAGAAAUACUAGUCAAACUGGAGAUGAGUUCCACCUGUCAUUCACUUACACUAUACUCAUUUUUAAUGCUGCCCAUGCAAAGAAUAACAAGAUGGCCGCUACUUUUAGACGCUGUUUUGAAAAGACUAUCUCAACAAGACCCUGAAUACAUAUCAUGCCAAUACGCCCUGGCAACACUUAACAAAAUUGUCAUUCAAUGCAACGAAGCCGCCCGAACCACGGAACGAGUGAUAGAAAUGAAAAAGAUCGCGUCGCAGCUGGAAUUCGCGAAGGGCGUGAGGCCAAUCAAAGUCUUCGAAUCCGGUAGAUGGCUGGUGCGAUCUGGCAACGUGACGCACAUGCAACCGCGCAACGACGAUUCGAAGCUCACUUUCGGAAAGCGUUUCAACAAAGUGCCGCUGAACUUGUUUUUGUUCAACGAUAUUUUGUUCGUGUGCAAAACGAAGAAUGAUAAUUCUUACAAUGUGAUACAGUAUUGUCCGAGAAAUUUGGUGGAAAUUAACAGUUCCGAUGUUAUUUCUUUGCCUGUCAAGGAUUCUCAGGGAAGGCAUUUAAUAUUUUUGUCUCUGUUGGAGAAUCAAGAUGAAAAGACUGUUGAAUUUAUGUUAUCGUGCAAUAGCGAGAGCGACCGAGAACGCUGGAUGGAGGCUCUGUCGCCUCUAAAAUCGGAAAACCCCGACGAAACCCUUUACGAGUGCUGGGACUGCCCCCAGGUGACGGCGGUGCACAACUACACCGCCAGCCAACCAGACGAGUUGCCAGUGGUGCGCGGUGACGUCAUCAACGUGCUCAGAAAAAUGGCGGACGGUUGGUACCAUGGAGAAAGAAUAAGGGAUGGCCAGACUGGGUGGUUCCCAGCAAACUAUACAGUAGAAAUUGCCAACCCCCAUGUAAGGGCAAGAAAUCUAAAGCAAAGAUACCGUUUAUUGGCGUUUUCAGAAAAUUAUUUAAAAGCGAAAUAA